AUGAGCUCUUCGGGAACAGCUUCAAAAGUAAAGUUAUCAUCUUUAUUCACAAACCCACAAAGGCCCACAUCUUCAAAUUCCAAAACUUCAAGCAAGCUUUCAUCUUUGUUCAUCAAGAACCAAGGCACGCCCACUUCUUCAAAUCCCACAACUUCAUCAGAAAACCUAAUUUCCAAAGUUCCAAUCCAAACCCAACUUGAAAAAUUUCUCGAAACCAACUGUAAGUCAGGUGAUGUUACCAUCAAUGAAGCGCUGCACUAUUUUGAGCACAUGAUUCAAAUGCAACCCACUCCUCCAAUUUGGUCAUUCAAUCGUUUAUUUGGUGGACUUGCCAAGAGUAAGCAUUGCUCUCAAGUUUUUUUGUUUUACAAUAAGUUAAUAUCAGUUGGGUUGUUGCCUAAUUUCAUUACGCUUAAUAUUUUGCUUAAUUGCUUUUGUAACGUGACCCGGGCUCGUGAUGGUUUUGUGGUUAUGGGAAGUCUUUUAAGGAGGGGCUAUAGACCAAGUACUGUGACUUAUACGGCAUUGCUUAAAGGGUUGUGUAUGGAGGAUAGGAUUGAUGAGGCAACCAGGUUGUUUAAGACAAUGAUCAAGUUGGGGUGUCAGCCUACUGUGGUUACUUUUGGUACUUUGGUUAACGGGUUGUGUCGAACAGGAAAUACGAAUAUUGCCCUUCGGUUACAUGAAGAAAUGGCUAAUGGGAAUGGUGUCUAUGGUGUUGAGUUGCUCUAA